UAUAUAUAAAUAGUAGUAUUAUAAAAGGAUUAAAUAAUAAUGGCAACUUACUGUGAAGUUUGUUCUUUGCAAUUAAAUGACGAUUAUGCAUUUAGAACUCACUUGACAGGCAAGAAACAUUUAAGAAAUUAUCAACAAAAAGAAUUUCAAAGAAAGAUACUUGAAAAUUCUAUAUAUGUUUCUCCUAUACCAAGAUAUAUUACUGCAUAUAAGUUAGUAGAGUUUUUUCUACAAUUUGGCUCUAUUGAAAGUUACAAAAUUGGUCCAAAUCAUGUUAUAAUAACAUUCGAUAAGAGAGAGCCCGUGGUUUAUUUGCUAAACAAUCCAAUCUGGAUAAACAAAACAAAAUUGGAUAUUAAAAAAAGAAUAUUGAACAAUACAAAAAGGGAGUGUAAUACUAAUAAUUCAACCGAGGUAGCGAAAGUUAUAGAUUUUGACUCUAUAAAGAAUAUAUUUGAGGAGGAAACUACAUUUAACAGUCAACUCGAUGCAUUUUUGAAUGCAGUACUUCUUAGCAAUACCGAGGUUGAGACACGAUACGAAAGUAUCUGUAAAUCUUUAAGUAUUAUAUUUGCGUCCGUAUUUCCAAAUUGUCAAACUUAUAGAUUUGGAUCUACAUAUACGGGACUAGGAUUUAAAGAAUGCGAUUUGGACAUCUAUAUGGAUAUUGGUGUGCCAAUAUGCGAUACAGGAAAUAGUCCUUGGUCGAUGAAGAUGGUAUUUAAACAAGUAAAAUUUGUCAUGUACAAGAUGAAUAAAAUAUUCACUGACGUAGUGCCAAUACCAAAGGCAAAAACUCCUAUUAUAAAAUUUUAUCACAUCCCAACAAAGAUCUCUUGCGAUAUUUCCUUUAAAAAUGGUUUUGGGAUAUAUAACAGUAAACUUAUAAAACACUGUUUGUCACUUGACAUGAGAUUAAAGCCAUUAAUAAUAGUGAUAAAGUAUUGGGCAAGACAAUAUAAAAUAUCCGGUUGUGGAAAAAUAUCUAAUUAUGCAUUAAUAAUGUUGAUCAUAUUUUAUCUACAACAAGCAGAACCAUACAUACUUCCACCUUUAAAGGAAUUUCAGAAAACGUGUAUACCAAUAAUUAGUAAUGACUGGCAAGUGAACUUUGAUGAAAAUACGCUAUUGCCACCAAUUACCAACAACAGCAAUAUACCACAACUUUUGCUAGGCUUCUUCGAAUACUAUCUUAAUUUUCAAUUCAAAACGUAUAUCAUUUGUCCCUGGGAUGGUAUAUUACAUACAAAAGAGGAAUUCGCCAAAGUGGACAAUUUGCCAAACUAUAUGGCACGAUACAAAAAUAUUGCAACAACGGAUGAUCUUAAGCUUGACAUUAAUAAAUUGGUUUGUAUUCAAGAUCCUAUUGAAUUGAAUCGUAAUGUUGCAGCUUCUACGUCGCAACAGGUCAUAACGUCAUUUCAAAAAUAUUGUGAAUUGGGCGUACAAAUUUGUACGUCGGAGCAUGCAAACAAUUACAAGAAUCUUUUAGAAUCUUUAUUUAGUUCUGUGUCUAAACUAGAAAAUGAUCAGAUACAAAUAGUGGUAGCAAUAUAUGCUGGCCCAUAUCUGAGUAUCGGUUUGCCGGAUAAUUUUGAAAAUCGUGAUGACAUAAUUAAUAAAGAUCAAUAUAAAAAAGAUAAUUGGUAUUUUAUAGUAUUCAAUCUAGUGAAGGAUAUUUUUGAAAGAGUGUACAAAUUAAAAAUAGAAGUACUUUCUGCCGAUAAAGAAGCUAAGCAACAAAAAAUUGAAAUCCUAUCGGAUGUACAUACGAAAGAACAUCAACAGUUUUUGUUGCACUGUACGGGAAGCGAAUGUACGUGGUCUAAUAGGAAGUCUGGUGUAACUCAUUUAAGUUCUACCAUGAACGCUUUGGACAGAGAAGCUAGCAUAUCGGACAAUGUGCUAGAGGAGAACCGUAGAAGAGGUCGUCUAAGAGAAGUAAAACUAGACUUUAUAUGUAAAUUUGAGAAAAAAGAUAAUCCGGUGCACGUCCAAUUAGAACUAAAUAACAAGAACAGCGGAGUGAAACUUUUUAAAGAAUUUGGAUAUUUAGUUAGAGACAAAAUACGAAAAAUUGCUAUGAAUACUUUAAUGCAUAUGCAACAACAUGGAAUGCAUUACUUACAGUUUUUAAGCGAAAUGAGUGAUAUUCCCAAGAUGGAAGAAUUUUAUACAAAGACCAUUAAAGUGGAAAUCGAUGCAGAAGCAGACGAUUCAUUGUUAGAAGAUCAAUCUAACAUUUUGAAAAAAGGGACCAUUAUCAAAAGUACCAAUGAAGAUGUGCAACGUGCCAUCGAAGGUCUCAAGGAAAUACCAGAUGAAGAACUUCAAGAGUUCUUAGACGAUGACUUUAUGGAAGGUCUCAAUGUUGUUGAUGCUUGGGAAGGGGAGGAAGACAGGAAUCGCGAGGAGCAAAAACCUCGAGUUAAAGAGCACGAAGAGAGACAACUAUCUAGGGAACGCUAUCGCAGAGAACGUAAACGGUCUUACAGUCGUGAGAAACCGAAACGAGAGGAAAAGAAACGUGAGGAAAUUCGCCGUGACCCAUCCAAGAGCACAAAGGACAUAGAGAGAGAUAAAAUGCGUACGAAAAGGGACAACGAGAGUAAAUUGUUGGCGGAAAAAGAAAAGGCCAUAAAACACUUACUCGAUUCCGACAACGUAGUACCACCAGGUACCGAAAGCGAAGCUAUUCAAAGUAUCACGGAAAAACAAAACGAGGAACGAGUACAAAUUCGUAAUCGAAGAAGUAGAGAACGUCGGAGAAGUCCUGAAAGACCAAAGUUAAGUCCAGUACGUAGAAAAAGUUACGAUCGAUUUAGAGCAAGCCCUCAUAGAAGAAUUUUGAGUCCUGUCCGUCGUAGGACUCCUUUUAGAAUGAGCCCAGAAAAAAGGAGAAGUUCUCCGAGAAUAAAUUGUGAUCGUAGAAGUCCUCUCGUAUUGUCGCCCGAAAGAAGGAGAAGUCCGUACAGGCGAUUGAGUUGGGAACGAAGAUUAAGUGCGGAUAGGAGAUGGAGUGCUGAACGACAUAGAAGAAGAACGGAAACGCAUGAACGACGAAGAAGUCGAUCUCGUGAUCGGCAACGAAGUCGCAGCGUGGAACGUUUUCGAAGAAGGUCCCGUUCGCCGAUUAGCAGGAGAUACAGUCCAAGACGUCGGAGUCGUACGCGUAGCAGAUCGUUGGAACGACGUACCAGGAAACGAUCGCCCUUCAUCAACGAACUUGCCAGACAAUUGCGAAAUGAAGCUAUGAUAUCGAAUUCUACGUAUAUAUCAGCGUCGUCGAUGGAAGGAAUAUCACCGAUCAUGAACGCACCUGUAUAUACGCAAGAGGGAGAAAUUCGAGCACCAUUGUCGCAGCCUUACAUGCAUCAGGGUGGACCACCGACGGCAGCGCAACCCGCGCCGCCACCACCACCACCACCACCACCGCCACCACCGCCACCACCACCGCCACCGCCAUCAUCGUCAUCAUCAUCUUCCGUUUUACCAAUGUCAUCGGGUGUGCCGCAAUUUAUGAAUUUCGAUAUUCCUGCACCACCGCCGUCAAUGGGCUUCGACGGUGGUACUUUACAUCCAAUGCCACCUGCUCAUUAUUCCUCCGGACCCGUAAUGUACAAUCACAAUACGGUACAAACGAAUGCAGGAAUGACGAGCCAACCAGGAACCAGAGUUAACUUAAUUCCUGCGCCGCAACAAGUUACGCCACAGCCAGUGCCUGCGCCAGGAACGAUGGAUCAUACGGUCAUGGGAUACGUUCCGCAGCACGGUUUAUCUCAGGUCGUUUCACAUCUAGACCCAUCGAACGGGAAUCCUGCGAACGCCUCCACGAUCCUUUCGCCGUCAUCUCCAAACUACAAAGACCAUAGGACAUCGUUAUCGUCGCACAAUGGAUAUCAGCCUCGUGAAGAACGCUUGAAGACUCCCGAACCGCCGGUCAUCUCCGAUACCAAACAAUUUGAAAAGACCAGCUUGUCCAGUCUACUGGAAGCGUCUGUUUCCGCUAAAGAUUCGUCUAGUCCUCCGGUCUUAUAUCCAGGAUUCAAGCCAGAAAUACUACGGCAUUGCGAGGAAGCGCUACGUGAACUUCCAAUCGAAGAUCCACGUUUAAAAAUGAAGGGCAGAUUUUUCUUUGACCCUAAGAAGGGAGAUGGUAAUAACAAGUACGAGGAAUAUCCUUCGAAUUCUAUACUCUUGCAGAAAGGCAAUAGGAUAUGUUGGGAGGAGGAUGAUGCGGUACAACAGUACAAUGCCUCUGUUACAAAGCAAGCCGUGCAAAUGCACCAAAAGAUUUGUCAAACCGAAGAGAUCGAAACCGAUACGAAGUACGUGGAAGCGCGCGUCGAUAUGAUCGAUUUUCAGAUGCAAGUAUAUCCGGAUGACAUUGAGGAGUCGAUCAAAGAACAAAGGAGAUCGAUCAUGGAUAGACUCGAUUGGAAGAUACGAGAGAAACAUCGAGAGACAGACGACUUAAGGUGGAGCUUAACAAAUUCCUCUCAAAAACGUUUGUGGAAGAAAGGAUUGUCGCCUGGUAGGAGAUCGGUCGAACGAGACCAUCAUCUCGAAGUCGUACCAUCGCCCGAACAUCCAUCGAGAAACUUUAAAAUGAAUUCCCCUAUGAGAAGUAGAGAUAGCUAUUCUAAUCCUAGGGGAUCGUUUCGCGAUAAUUACGUUCGCGACAGAUAUUCGCCAAAUUGCGGACGUUCGACGAACAUUGACGAUUUUCGCGAGAACAGAAGUGAUCGUAGUCACGGCGAAAGCCCGAUGAAAUUGGAGGAUUCCGAGGAAGAUUCGGACAAUACGUUUACAUUCCAAAGAGAAAUAUUGGAUUGGUAUGGAAAAGGAAAACCGUUUCGAGGGAAGACGACCAAUUCGACGAGAGGGAAAUGUUCGGGAAGUAGACCGUCUCGUAGACGAUGCGAUUUCAACAAGUUCUAAUCUCAUGUAGAUUGUACGUAUGGUAGAUUAAAUAUAUUGGAAAUAAUUAUACAAUCCGUCGUAUGAUACGAAAUCGAUGGUUAACUAUGUAAAGAUCAGACUGUAUAUUGUUAUUUAAAAAAAAAAAAAAAAGAAAAAAAAAGAAACGAACAAACCGAAACGAAAUAAUAAUAAUAACAAUAAUAAUAAUAAUAAUGAUAAUAACAAUAAUAAUAAUAAUAAUAAAAAAAUCGUCGCGUAUAUAUAUAAAUAAAUAAAUAUAUAUAUAUAUAUAAUGACGAUUAAUUGUACCGUUCGGCACGAGUCUCUGAGGAUAAAAUUUUUUUCGACGCGUAAAAAAUACGCAAACCCGUUGACUAAGUGCGUGCAUGAAAUUUCCAAAAGUGAGAGGAUAGAGGGGAAACACGAUUUACUUGCUCUGCACAAAGAAAAAAGAGAAAAUAAAAAAUAUUGUAACACGGUGCCUACGAAGAGCAUCGAGUCGCAAUCUGUUUUUUCGUCAUAACUCUUUUUACAUUCUCUGGUGGACUUUUUAUUCCGUUUUUAUAUCAUUUUACCAAAAAGUCAACGUGCUAACAUUUUUUUCAUAUCGAUCGCUUUUGCGUAUAGUUAUCGCAAAAAAUCGGUUGCAUCGACGUCUUUCAUGACUAUAGUAUAUCGUCCGAAAAGAAAGCCAGGAAAAGUGUUUUUAAUGCUAUGGAAAGAUUAUGUUUUUUCAAAUAUACAUUCACAUCGAUGAUC